UCGCUCGCGCGCACACACACACGCGCACGCACUCCCCAAGCAGCAGCUCGAGGACGAUACGGCGUACGCACGCGGGCGACACACACAUACACACACACACACUCACUUACACACACACACGAACAGAGCGAUGCUGGUGGAAACAGGACGAGUCGGAGUGUUUUAACUCACUGGACCUCCACGAGGAGCCUCCAGAGAGGGUGUGUAUGCAUGUGUGGAGACCACCUCGGGACCCCCUAACUGCGUUGAGGAGCCGGAGCUGAGGGGAUUUCAAGCCCUACUACUUCAGACUGCCACUUCACCGUUGACGGAUAUGCCACCAGCGCUGGUCACGCCGAGGACGCUUUAGUUCAGUUUCUACGCGAGUGACAACAACCAUGUGGCGCCGCCUGAGCGCGUUAUAAACGGGCUUCGGUCACCGACACACUCAACUUCUGACUUCACGAACACUUCGCCAGGCUCGACAGAGCCAAGGUGCGAUAACAAACCCCCAUCUCUCCUUCUCCUCACUGGAGAAAGACGCCGGUUUCAGCUCACCAGCCACCGCUGAGGCGACGGCGUGGAAACAUGGAUGUGUUACUGUCACUCCACCAAAUCGCUCUCGUCUUAUGUUUCGUCCUGAAAGCGAGCGGACAAGAAGGUGAAAAAUGUGGUGGCCACCUGGACGCCAGUGAUGCGGGUUAUAUCACAUCACCUGGUUACCCUUUGGAGUACCCGCCGCACCAGAACUGUGAGUGGGUUAUUACAGCCCCAGAGCCCACCCAGCGCAUCGUGCUGAACUUCAACCCCCACUUCGAGCUGGAGAGGCUCAACUGCAGGUAUGACUUUAUAGAGAUAAGAGAUGGCAACUCAGACUCAGCCGACCUGCUGGGGAAGCACUGCAGCAACAUCGCUCCCCCUGCCAUCAUCUCUUCUGGCCCUGUCCUCCACAUCAAGUUCGUGUCUGAUUACGCUCACCAGGGUGCUGGCUUCUCGCUGCGCUACGAGAUCCACAAGACCGGUUCGGAGCACUGUUUCCGGAACUUCACCGCUCCGACCGGCGUGAUCGAGUCGCCCGACUUCCCUGACAAGUACCCUCACAACCUGGAAUGCUCCUACAUCAUCAUCACCCCUCCUCAGACUGAGGUCACCCUCACCUUCAAAACCUUCGACCUGGAGAAUGACCCCUUGCUGAUGGCCGAGGGUGAUUGCAAAUACGAUUGGCUGGAAGUGUGGGACGGCCUGCCCCAGGUGGCACCACUGAUUGGACGAUACUGUGGCACAAAGAUCCCUCCAGAGAUUGUGUCCUCAACUGGGCUCCUCUCUCUGUCCUUCCACACCGACAUGGCUGUGGCCAAAGAUGGCUUUUCUGCCCGCUACAACAUGACCCGCAAGGAAGUUAGCGACACAUUCCACUGCAGUACCGCCUUUGGCAUGGAGUCGGGGAAGAUUUCUGAUGAGCAGAUCACGGCAUCCUCUUCCUUCUACGACGGCCGCUGGCAGCCUCGGCUGGCCCGCCUCAACAACGAGGACAAUGCCUGGACGCCCGCAGAAGACAGCAACAAAGAGUACAUUCAGGUGGACCUGCACUUCCUCAAGGUUCUGACCGGUAUUGCCACUCAGGGAGCCAUAUCAAAAGAGACGCAGAAGUCUUACUAUGUCACCACUUUCAAGCUGGAGGUCAGCACCAAUGGAGAAGACUGGAUGAUCUACCGCCAUGGCAAGAACCACAAGAUAUUCCAUGCUAACACAGACCCAUCCGAAGUGGUGCUGAACCGAGUUCCUCAGCCUGUUCUGGCCCGUUUCGUCCGCAUUAGACCCCAGGCCUGGAAGAAUGGCAUCGCCCUGCGUUUCGAGCUUUAUGGAUGUCAGAUCACAGACGCUCCAUGUUCAGAGCUCCAGGGAAUGCUCUCAGGUCUGCUGCCGGAUUCUCAGAUCACGGCUUCUUCAGUGAGGGACCUGCACUGGGCCCCUGGAGCCGCCAGGCUUGUGGCCAGCAGAUCAGGCUGGUUUCCUGCUCCAGCGCAGCCCCUGGCUGGAGAAGAGUGGCUCCAGGUAGACUUGGCCACUAUCAAGAUGGUGCGUGGGGUCAUCACCCAGGGGGCGCGCAGUGGAGAGGUGGGAAGCAGCUCGGACAAUCGGGCCUUCGUCCGCAAGUACCGCCUGGCCCACAGCCUCAACGGAAAAGACUGGAACUUUGUGAUGGACAGCAAGACCAGUAUGCCCAAGAUCUUUGAGGGGAACUCGCACUAUGACACUCCAGAGCUGAGGCGCUUUGAGGAAAUCCCAGCCCAGUUCAUCAGAAUCUACCCCGAGCGCUGGUCCCCCGCCGGCAUCGGCAUGAGGAUGGAGGUGCUGGGCUGCAGCUUGCCAGAAACGUCUACACUUGCCACUGAGACGUCCUCGUUCACUCGAUCUCCGCUUGGAGAAAGCAGCACUGCCCACAAGCUCAGCUCUGGCUCCAGCACCUCUCCCCCCUCUCCAGCGGUGCUGUGUGAUUUUGAGCAGGGUUUGUGUGGUUGGACCGAUGACCCGGAUGCUGACCUCAGCUGGGCUCUACACAGCUCCAGCAGAAGCACAGCCCUGGGCCAAAGUCAAGACCUCUCCAUAGGCUCCAACAGUUUGGGAAACUAUCUGUACAUCGAGGCUAGCCCUAAGACGCAAGGGAAGAAAGCAAGGCUCUUCAGUCCUGAGGUAGGCCCUGACACUGGGCCUCUGUGCCUGAAGUUCUCCUAUCAACUUGAGGACGAGGGAACACUGCGCAUCCUGCUUCGCAACCCGCUCCAGGAAGAAACCCUUCUCUGGGCCCUCCAUGGCAAUCAGGAACCCAUCUGGAAGGAGGGACGCACCAUCAUACCUCGAUCCCCCAAAGAAUUUCAGGUGGUCAUUGAAGCCGUUUUUGAGAAGGCCACCACGGGCCACAUCUGGAUUGAUAAUAUCCAUAUGAGCUCAAGCACGCCGCUGGAGGAAUGUACCCAACCUUUCCCUCCCUUCCCUCCAGAUAUGACUGUUAAAAGAAUGGACCCUAGAGGUAGUCGUCUUCUCAACAGCAGGGACCAAAUAGAUGCAGGUUUACAGUACCCUGAAUGGAGUACUGUGGAGCCCUCCUCAGAGCCUCCAGUGACACGGGUGCCCGACAAAGAGAGCUCCUGGCUCUACACGCUGGACCCCAUUCUGUUGACCAUCAUUGUGAUGAGCUCACUGGGUGUCCUCCUGGGGGCCGUGUGUGCUGGCCUGCUUUUGUACUGCACCUGCUCAUAUGGAGGCCUGACCUCGCGCUCCUCCACCACCCUGGAGAACUACAACUUUGAGCUCUACGAUGGCAUCAAGCACAAAGUCAAGCUCAAUCAACAGCGCUGCUGCACAGAAGCUUGAAGGCCACCGGUUGAUGUUCAUCGGACAUAUCAAAUUUGACCCUGGAAUGGCCAUGUUGGACUCUUUGCAGAGAAACAAGCUUCAUCUCUUGGUAUGCAUGUCCCUUUUGGCAUUGGAACAACUUGCUGCUUGAUGAUGCGGCUGUUGGAGCCCCUACUUUCCAACUGGCGUUUCUUGCUCAGCUCAGAUAGCGCUCGCCUGGAUACCAUUUUCUGGUUGGUUUGCAUCAAAGAUUGAAUAUCAGAGGCUGCUAAGAGGGAUCUCUAGUGAAACUCUUCCCAGCUUUGCCUCAAAAACAGAUAUCGAUACAUAUCAGUGUUCUGCAUAUUUCCAAAAAAUGUAUAUCUAGAUAAAGCUUAGAUUUUUAAAUGGGAGAUCUAUGGUAGAUUUGAGUGGCUGGACUUUAAAGUGCUCUCAUCUUCCAAAAUUGCAGAACUUAUGGCAUGUGGCUGAUUUUGUGGUCACUCUUUGGUGAGAUUUUUUUUUUUUUUCAAAGGCCCUGACAUGUGAUGCCUUAAUGCUGGUCAAUGCUUUUCUUCUUUGUGGCCAUCAUUGGCCUAGAUUGAUCUUACAUUUUAUUCUUACUGGAUCUUCACAACCCUUUGCUUGUUUAGUUCCGUGAUAUUGUUUCGUGUUUCGCUUUGAGUUUAAAUGAUGGAAUAGGAUGGCAAGAAACCUGUUCUGAUUAAGAUAAGCCAAGCAGAGUUUGGUAGGUUUAGAUUGAGGCCUUGUGACUAUGGUUGUGUGUUAGGAAAAUUGGGGACCACAUUGUUCUUGUGUAAAACAACAGGGAAUUUUGUCAGUGCAACCUAUGGAUUGCUGUAAAUGGGAAGCAAUGAACUAAAGGCUUUUCAUCAUUUAUUGUUGCGAGAGACAGAAAUGGUGACCAUUCUAAAUUGGCCCACAGAUGUCCAGAGAUGUACACCAGAAAAA